AUGGCGUCGACGACUACAGCGGCGAGGGAACAUGUGAACGAAAUCAGGAAGACGAAGUUCUCUAUCGGCGGAAAGGCAAAUCCGCUAACGGAGGAUCUUCAUCAGGCGGUUAAGAAUCUGUCUGCCGAGCUUUACGCUAAGGACGUGCAUUUUUUGAUGGAACUUAUACAGAACGCUGAGGAUAACGAGUAUCCGGAAGGGGUUGUUCCAUCCUUGGAAUUCGUGAUUACGUCCAAUGACAUAACAAACACCGGAGCUCCGGCGACGUUGUUAGUUUUCAACAACGAGAAAGGGUUUUCCGUAAAGAACAUUGAGUCGAUUUGUAGCGUGGGACGUUCUACUAAGAAAGGUCUCCGUAAGCGUGGUUACAUUGGCGAAAAAGUAACCUCUGGAAUUGGAUUCAAAAGCGUGUUUUUGAUAACGACUCAGCCUUAUAUUUUCAGUAAUGGUUAUCAGAUAAGGUUUAACGAAAAACCUUGUGAGCAUUGUAACGUUGGAUAUAUUGUUCCUGAGUCGGUGGAGAAGGAUCCAACACUAUCUGCCAUUCAAAGUGUAUAUGGUUCGUCUAAAACUCUGCCAACCACAACUCUGGUGUUGCCUCUAAAACCAGUGAAGGUCAAACCAGUCAAGGAUCAGCUUUCAAGCAUCCAUCCUGAAGUUCUCUUGUUUCUUUCAAAAAUAAGGCGGCUUUCUGUCAGGGAAGUCAAUGAGAAUCCUAAGCUUAACACUGUAAGUGCAAUAUCCAUUUCCAGUGAGAAAAACUUUGUUACUUCAAAGAGCAUGGAUGCUGUUUCUUAUACAGUUCAUCUCACUGCUGAUGAAACUGGUGAUGUAAUAGACACAGAAUGUGGGUACUACAUGUGGAAACAAAGGUUUCCUGUGAAGCCUGAAAGGAAAGUGGAUGCUAGAAUGGAGGUAGAUGAGUGGACAAUCACUCUCGCUUUUCCAAAUGGGACAAGACUCAAAAGAGGGUCAAGUCUGCCUGGAAUCUACUCCUUUCUACCAACAGAAACAAUCACAAAUUUUCCAUUCAUUAUCCAAGCAGACUUCCUCUUGGCAUCUUCAAGGGAAAAUAUCCUCUGGGACAACAAAUGGAACCAGGGAAUUCUUGAUUGCAUUCCCCUGGCUUUUCUAAAUGCGUUUACCUCACUGGUGAAAUCAACAGAAAAUGCUCCUGUUUCCAGUCUCCCAAACAUGUUUAGGUUCUUACCUGUCUACGAGUCAUCUCAUCCAAAACUGAACCAUGUCAGGGAUGCCAUCAAAGCUAAGCUGAUGAACGAGGCUAUUGUCCCAUGUGAGUCACACACUGAACAGAAGUUGUUUUGUAAACCCAAUGAAGUUGGCAGGCUGAAGCCUGCUUUUUGGAGCAUACUGAACAAGGCAAGGAGACAAGGUGUUAGUUUUUCUAAUAUUUCGUCUCAUGGAGCGUAUCUUCUGGCUUCUUCGUUUGAUAAAAGUGAUUACAAUGUGAUUCUGGAUUUUUUGGAAAUCAAACCUGUAAGCCAUGAAUGGUAUGCCAAAUGCAUUGGGAGCUCGAGACUUGUAUUGGGUGUCACAGAAGAUGUUUAUAUACAGCUUCUGGUAUUCAUCGCAGAGAGUUGGGAGUCUUGUUUUCAAAAUUCCAACAUGAAGAAUAUACCACUGAUAAAGUAUAUUGGGCGAGAUGGAAAAGAUGAUGUAUUUACGCCGGCCUCUGGUACAAACAAGCUUAUGGCUGCAGAUUCGGUUUGUAUUUCCUGGUUGCAUAACUGCAACACAGAGUUCAGAAACUCAAUAGGUAAUUUUUUUCUGCCUAAAGCCACACAAGAAGCCAUACGAUCAUGUUCGCAGAAGUCAACACUAGUAAAAUGGCUUAGAGAUGAGAUGAAAAUGAAGUUUGUGACAGUUUGUGAAUAUGCCAAGCUUGUUAGUCAUUCACUCAACAAUGACCGCAAGCUGGUUGUUACUUAUGCCCAUUUCCUUCACAACUCUUUUAAAAAGGAGUAUUUAGGGAAACAUGAAGUUGAGGAGCUGUGUAUUGAUAUACCCAUAGUUGAUAACUAUGGGAAUGUUACUAAAACAAGAAGUGGAGUUCUUGUACCUGCGAAAGGAAGCAGAUGGGUGGAGUUGAUUGGUUCAAAUCCUUGGAGGCAGCAUAAUUAUGUUGAGAUGGGUGAAGAUUAUACACGUGGUGCUUGCUAUUUUGGUAUGGUGACAUCUGGUGAAUAG